AUGUCUUCCGCCGUCUCGCCUCAGUGGCAGGACAAGGCUACUGGUUUCUUUUCUUCCUCAGGGGUGAAGCUUAAAGAAGCUGGACAAUCAGCUGGAACAUUUGUGGGAGAGGUUGCAAAGGAUGCCAAAGGUAAUGUUGCGGAUGUAGCAGAAAAAGUUGGAUCAGCAGUCAAAACUCGAUGGGCAAUUCUUAGGGAGCCAUCAACUAGGCAUGCUAUGCAGGAACGUCUGAUAACUGCUGCUGCUACGACUGGUAUGUUCUUCAGGAAGGGCAUCUCAGAGACAAAGGACAAGGUUACUGUUGGGAAGACAAAAGUUGAAGAGGUAGCAAAAAAGACUGCUCAAAAGAGCAAGACGAUUUUGACUGACAUUGAACGAUGGCAGAAGGGAGUUGCAAGCACUGAUGUAUUUGGAGUUCCAAUUGAGGUUACUGUGCAACGACAACAAUUCAGCAGGCCUGUUCCACAUAUAUUGGUCAAAUGUGCAGAUUAUCUCAUCUUAUCAGGAUUAAACUCGGUGCACUUGUUUAAAGCCGAAGGGGAUAAAAAGGUUAUUCAGCAAUUAGUUUCCUUGUACAACCAAGACUCCAAUGCAUCAUUGCCAGAGGGUCUAAACCCAAUUGAUGUGGCGUAUCUGGUCAAAUGCUAUCUUGCAAGCCUUCCUGAACCCCUAACCACAUUUGAACUUUAUGAUGAGAUCAAAGGUGCCCGCUCUAGCGUUCAUGCAAUGAAAAACAUCCUGAAGAAGCUUCCUGCUGUAAACUACAUGACUCUGGAGUUCAUCACUGCACUAUUGCUUCGUGUUAGCCAUAAGUCACUUCUUAACAAGAUGGAUGCUCGAACCAUUGCCUUAGAAAUGGCCCCCGUUAUUAUGUGGCAAAAAGAGCGGAAGCCAGAAUUUUACAGGUCAUAUUGGAAUCAUGUGUUGAGAAGUCCUUCCAAUAAGAAUAUGGAUCCAGCGCCUACCUACAGUUCAUGGGACAUGCUUUCAGAAGAAAGUGAAGGCAUGGAUGCUUCCUCUCUCAUUCCCCUGGAUGAUGGAAUGCCAGUGGACUUCAGUGCUAUUGAUGUUGUUCAGUGUCUCAUAGAACAGCACAAUGCAGUCUUUACUGAUGCAGAUGAGACUGGAAACCAUUGCCCGACAGCAGAUAUUAUGGUUUUAGCCAAAUCUGGGACUAUUGGAUGUGGAAAAGAAACCAAUCCUUUGAUUAUGUGUGGAAGCAAGCAACGCAAAACUAACGAAACAGUGUGGUUCCUCUUUAGUUCCAGUUCCAUGGCCAAUAGAAUCCUACCCAUCACCACUCUUGUCUUCUUGCUUACUUUGUUCUCCAUGGUGAUAGGAGAUGAUGGGGUUGGGAUCUCAAAGCUGUACCCAUUAGUAGUGAGCACCUGGCCUUUCAAAGAAGCUGUUAGAGCUGCUUGGAGGGCUGUUGAUGGUGGCCUUUCUGCUGUCGAUGCUGUUGUGGAGGGUUGUUCUGCUUGUGAGGAACUCAGAUGUGAUGGUACAGUGGGACCGGGUGGCAGUCCAGAUGAGAAUGGAGAAACUACUAUUGAUGCCAUGAUCAUGAAUGGGGUAACAAUGGAGGUUGGAGCUGUUGCUGCUAUGAGGUACGUGAAAGAUGGAAUCAGAGCUGCAAAAUUAGUAAUGCAGCAUACAAAGCACACUUUGCUUGUUGGGGAGAAGGCCUCGGCCUUUGCCAUUUCGAUGGGUCUUCCUGGACCUAGUAACCUUAGUUCAGCUGAUUCCAUCAGGAAGUGGAGUAAAUGGAAAGAGAAUCACUGCCAACCUAAUUUUUGGAAAGAUGUUGUUCCUGUCAAUAGUUGUGGCCCUUAUCAUGCGAAGGGUUAUAUGGAUGUUAAAGAGGGGGAUGUUCCACACUCAACCCAAUGGGAGUUGUUGAACCAAGAUCAUCUCUUGUUGGCUGUCACAGUCAUGACACUAUAUCAAUGA